UUUACUCAUAAGCAUUUUUGUGUACAAAUGUAAAAUCGUUUGGUUUUAGUCGAAUGUAGUUUUUAUUUAUAUUCGUAUAGUUUUUUUUUUUAGUAUACCAUUUAAAUAAAUCAUAAGUAUUUUAACAAAUUAACAAUAUCAGUGGUGAAUAUCUUAUGUAAAAAUGUCACAGAGAUACCAGCCUCCACCACCAAAUGCGCCGACUAUGCGGCCAUAUUCUCCAAGCAAUUUUGGUCAAAGAAAUUUUUCUCAACCGCCGCCAGGGAAUGCGCCUUCUUCUCCAAGUGUGGGACCUCAAUUACACCCCCCUCGACCUGCAGGUCAGACAUUUCAAGCUGGUUUGAGAGGAAGUGGUUCUGGUCCUGGGGGCAAAAGAUCGCAACAGGAGUCUCGGAAUAUUCAAGGAAAAUCUACUGAGCAAAAUCUACCAAAAAAGAAGAAAAAGUUGGCUGAUAAAAUCUUACCUCAAAAGGUAAGAGAUCUAGUGCCUGAAUCUCAAGCAUAUAUGGAUCUCUUAACAUUCGAACGUAAACUGGAUGCUACAAUUAUGCGGAAACGUCUAGAUAUUCAAGAAGCAUUGAAAAGACCUAUGAAACAGAAGCGUAAGUUGAGAAUAUUUAUUUCAAAUACAUUUUAUCCCGGGAAAGAUGGAGAUAAUGAAAGUAGUGAUGGAGCAGUUGCUUCGUGGGAAUUGAGAGUCGAAGGACGUUUGUUAGAAGACAACAAAGGGGACCCAAACAAAAUCAAAAGAAAAUUUUCAAGUUUUUUUAAAUCGUUGGUAAUUGAAUUGGAUAAGGAAUUGUAUGGGCCAGACAAUCACUUGGUAGAAUGGCACAGAACCCAUACAACACAAGAAACUGAUGGCUUUCAAGUUAAACGUCCAGGAGACCGAAAUGUACGUUGUACAAUUUUAUUACUACUCGAUUAUCAACCACUACAAUUUAAACUCGAUCCAAGGCUCGCACGUCUUUUAGGUGUUCAUACUCAAACACGUCCUGUUAUUAUUUCGGCACUUUGGCAAUAUAUUAAAACACACAAAUUGCAAGAUGCACAUGAAAGAGAAUAUAUAAAUUGCGAUAAAUAUUUGGAGCAAAUAUUUGGUUGCGCGAAAAUGAAAUUUGCAGAGAUUCCACAAAGAUUAAAUCCAUUGCUUCAUCCGCCAGACCCUAUUGUUAUUAACCAUUUUAUUGAAAGUGGGACAGAAAAUAAUAAACAAACGGCAUGCUAUGAUAUUGAUGUGGAAGUGGAUGAUACACUGAAAAAUCAAAUGAAUAAUUUUUUGAUGAGUACAGCAAGUCAGCAAGAAAUCCAGGGACUUGAUGGUAAAAUUCAUGAAACUGUUGAAACUAUUAACCAGUUAAAAACAAAUCGAGAGUUUUUCUUAAGUUUUGCGAAAGAUCCACAGAAGUUUAUUCAUAGGUGGAUUGUUAGUCAAACUCGAGAUCUAAAGACGAUGACUGACGUAGUUGGAAAUCCAGAAGAAGAAAGGCGUGCUGAAUUUUACUACCAACCUUGGACUCAAGAAGCCGUUUCGCGUUAUUUCUUCACAAAAGUCAAUCAAAAACGUGCAGAGUUAGAGCAAGCUUUGGGAAUUAGAAAUGCCUAAGUUUAGGAAGUUUAAAAGCAGUAAUUCAUCAAAUAAAUCUAUUUUCAUAAUUGUAAUUAUUACUAUGCAACCAACAUUCUUUAAUAGAAUUUACAUAAAUGACAUUCAUAAAAUUUAUUCUUCUUAUUAUAAGAACUAUAUAAAUACAUACAUCUAUUUAUUGAAUAAGAAGAUUCAUGACUAU